AAUAGUGGGCAUCGCAGCGACUGCAAGGAAACCCGAAACCCGAAACCCUGCCUCCACCUCCUCUUGGCCGUUCCAUAGCAAUCACAGACACUCUACUCACUAACAAUGGCGACGCGUGACGGCGGCAUGAAGUCGACGUUAAUAAACGGCGUCAAGAUGUACACCAUAGCGUCGCAGCAACCAUCGCUCGCUUCCUGGCUCCCCUCUAAGAAGCAGCAAUCUCAUCGCAACGUCAAAAGUUACACGCAGAACCUUCAACUUCUCGAGGACUUGCGCUUCACCACCGCCGCCACCAAAAUCAAGGCCACUCCCAACGCCGAGUAUAUCAUAGCUUCCGGCAUUUACCCGCCGCAAGUCAAGGUCUACGAGGUCAGGGAGCUAGGCUUGAAGUUCGAACGCCACUUGGAUUCCGAGAUUGUUGAUUUUCAGGUUCUGUCAGAUGACUAUUCGAAAAUUGCAUUUUUAUGUGCUGAUCGCUCUGUUAAUCUGCACGCAAAAUAUGGAAAGCACUACAGUUUGCGGAUUCCAAGGAUGGGGAGGGAUAUUGCUUAUGACUGCUGGUCUUGUGACUUGCUUUGUGCGGCUUCGUCCCCAGAUCUGUACAGAAUUAAUUUAGAGCAGGGGCGAUUUCUCUCCUCACUUACCACACAGUCCCCUGCAUUGAAUGUAGUAUGUCGAAGUAAGCUUCAUGGAUUAGUUGCCUGUGGUGGAGAAGAUGGUGCUGUGGAAUGCUUUGACAUGCGUGUGAGAUCCUCAGUUGGUAGAAUUGAUGCUGUUGGACCUAGUGGUGAUGUUGACCAGGAGGUCACUGCAUUGGAGUUUGAGGGAGACGGCGGUUUCAUAAUGGCUGUUGGAAGUAGUGCUGGAAAGGUCCUCAUCUAUGAUCUGCGCUCGUCACAUCCCAUACGAAUACAGGAUCAUAUGUAUGGCAGUUCAAUAUUGGAUAUUAAGUGGCAUCGUACUCUUAACUAUGAACAACCAAUGCUGAUUACCAGUGAUAAUCAUGUUGUUAGGAUAUGGGAUCCUGAAACGGGAGAAGGCUUGACUAGCAUUGAGCCAGCAACAGGAACAAUAAAUGAUGUGUGUACAUUUCCUGGUAGUGGCUUGAUAUUGCUGGCCUUGGACUGUAGCCAAAUACCAUCUUACUUCAUACCCUCGCUUGGACCUGCUCCAAAGUGGUGUUCUUCCCUAGAGAAUUUCACUGAGGAGCUAGACAAUAGUGGACAAACAACUAUUUAUGAUCACUACAAAUUUUUGACAAAGGAGGAGCUUGAGAGGUUAAAUUUGACCAACCUGAUUGGCACCAAUCUACUUAGAGCCUACAUGCAUGGGUUCUUUAUUAAUCAUGCAUUAUACAAAAAGGCGAAAGCGCUGGCAGAUCCUUUUGAAUAUGAAGCUUAUAUUGAACAGCAGAAACGAGAAAAGAUGGAAGCUGAGCGCGCCUCACGAAUCACGGUCAGGAAAAAAUUGCCCAAAGUUAAUCGGGCUCUUGCAGCUCGCCUCCUAGAAAGUGAAGAAGCUGAAAAUGAGAAGAGAGGUGAUGAUGAUGAGGAAGAAGAACCUAAAAAGGCAUCUAAGAAAAAGAAAGGGCUUAGCAUGCAAGAUCUUCAAGAUGAGCGAUUUAAAGCGAUAUUUACAAAUAAGGAUUUUGAGAUUAAGGAUUCUUCGCAAGAAUAUCUGGCCUUACAUCCCAUGGGUUCUAAGAAGCAAACUUCCUUGUUAAAGGAACAUUUUGAACCUAUCAUGUCAGAUGAUGAUCAAAGUCUAGGUGAUUCUGAUGCAUCAACAUCCUCUCAGGAUGAACUUACGAAUGGAAUGAAAGAGAAAGCUCGGGUUCCAAGAAUGUAUGAAAUUAAGAAUGAGCAGCAUGCAGAAGCAUUCUGGAGCCAAAAAUCACUUGCAGGGGAGGACUCACUUCCUAUAGGAGACAGAGUGGCAGCUCUCAAAGAUGACCAUCAAUCUUCUCAUGUUCCAAAUGGUGUUAAGCAGGGUCCAGGAGGAUCACGGGAAAUCACUUUCACCACAAGAAGCUCAGCUAAGUACAAGGAAGACGAGGAAGAACCCAGGAAAAAGAGGGGAGUUCAAUCCUUGGGGCUUAAGCCUAACAAACCAGUGUUUCGUGGUCAAGGGAGAGGAGGAGGGAGAGGGAAACGUGGGAAUGGAAGAAGGGGACGUGGACGUCGAUAAUGACCAUUUACAUAAUCUAAUUGGAAUUAGAUUCUUCCUUUGAUCUUUAUGGCUCAGUUUUCCAUCCAUGUAUGGUCCUGUGGGCUCUGAAGGCGCCCAGGGAAGACAUGGCUGCAGGGCCUCGUGAUCUUUGAUGCAUCGUGUGUAGCCUAGCAUCUUAAACUGUUCAAUUAUUAUUUACAAUUGUGUUCUUUCCCCCCUAUUUUUGGAUGCUCAGUCAACAUUAACUAUUGUGUGGAACCUACCUUAAAUUGUUACAGUUUUGUUUUUUCAAAAAACAAGGAAAGGGGAAGAGGUAUGAGUAAUCAAAUGUUAAUCAUAGGGAUUUAGCUCCCUUCAAAUGAGAUUAUAACACAAUUUGUUAUCUUCAUCAAAACUUGGAUUGAUGCAUUAAAUCACCCACUACGUACAUUCUGGCACAACAUAUAACUUAUCGGCGAGAAUAGAAAAGGCUUUUAAGUUUAUGAUAUUAUUUAUUCAGUAAGGGUAGGAGUAUGUGUAAUUUUAGUUUUCUUUUGUGUAUAAUAUAAUUUUGGUAUAUAUUGUAAAUAAUGGGGUUAGCCAAGUGGUUUUUUUAAUAGCCUUGAAGUGAUCGAGUAGGUUCGGAUGUGAAUUUAUGUAGUUGGUUAAUGCUAGUGUGACAUCUGGCGGGUAAAAGUGGGGUGAAGAAAUUUACU